AUGCAAACAGAUCAUAGAGUACCAACAAUAAAUACAACAGCUAUGCGACAACAACAUCGAAAACGUUCAUAUUCGAGUGGAAGUUUUCGUAAACGUAGUCGACAUGAUCUUAUUUGUGUUGUAUGUCAUGCACCCGCAAUGGGUUAUAACUUCGACCAAAUAACAUGUGAAAGCUGUAAAGCAUUUUUUCGACGAAAUGCAUUGAAUAAUGUGAAUAGAUUAAAAUGUCGAGCCGGUACAAAUGAUUGUAUUAUUGCAUUGGAAACCCGAAAAAGGUGCAAGUAUUGUCGUCUAAAAAAAUGUUUUGAGAAAGGUUUACGUAAAGAAUGGAUCAUGUCCGAAGAAGAAAAACGUACAAAAAAACAAAAAAUAGAAGAUAAUCGUCGUUUACGUGCUCUAUCACAAACUUUAUCUUUAUUAUCCCAAUCAUCAUAUUCACCAUUAAUUAUACCUGAUGAUCGACAUUGUCAAUUUUCUUUUCAACCAUCUGAAGAAAUAUUUGAUGAAGAUUCAAAUGAUUAUAAAUACUCUUUAAAUGAUAAUGAUCGUAUUUUAUUAACUAAAAUUGAAGAACAUUAUACUCAAGCUGUUCGAUUAAAUAUCUCAGUUAUAAAAGGUUAUGAUAAUCCAUGUUUAAGAAAUCUUAAUGAUUUUGUUGAUGUUCUUAAUGAACCAGCUCAUAUAAGUGCUUUACGAAUGGUAACACUUUUUAAACUAACACCAGAAUUUAAUUUAUUACAUGAAGAUGAUCGACUUGCACUUGUUAAACAUAAUUUAAUGGCAAUAUUAGUUUUACAUUUCACUAUAUGCACUGAUAUUACCACUGGAAUUUUUCAUGAACCAAAUACUCCAAAUGAUUUUUGUUAUCAUGCCAAUGAAUUAUGUAAUUAUUCCAAUGCCAUUUAUCUUAAGACAAUAGAUUUAACUGAUCAACUACAAAAACUAUGUUCUUAUGAUCGUUCAAUAUUAAAAUUAUUAAUAUUAGUUAUAAUUUUUUCUAAAGGAGCUGAUUAUGUUGAACCAAUAUUAGUCGAAUCAGAAAAAGUAUUUAAUGCUCAAAAUGUCUUUGUUGAUCUUCUAUGGAAUUAUUUAAAUGUACGCUUUGGUUAUGAUCAAACACCACACCUUUUUUCUCGUCUUAUAUUUUGUUGUAUGAAAUCCCAUUCAUUGGCACGAGAAACAAAAGAAACAAUAACUAAAAUAGAUGUUCAGAAUAAAAAAUUUGCUCCAUUAAUGCAAUCUAUUCUAGAAACAUCCUAG